CCCAGAGAUCAUUUUGGAGCACAGAGGAGGACCGCCGCCACCGCCGCCGGUACCACCGAGGCCACCGAGACCACCGAGACCGGCGCCGCAGAACGCACGGACGGCUCCAGGAUGGAGGACGCGGCCGGCGGGCCACAGGGCCGUAGCUGGAGGGGGACGACGAGGGCAUACACCCGCGCACCUGAUGAGGGCCUGCAGAUGCAAGGUGGUCCUCCUGUCGGCGGCGCGCAUUCCGAGCCACGUUGGCCCUCAGGUCCUCAUCUUGGCGGCGACUGGCACGACUCGGAAGAGCGUGACAGAGCGAAGAGAGAGAGAAAGAGAGAGUGGGAAUGUCGUGGGAAGGGAAAAUGAUCCAAACGGCGCUCCUCGCCGCCCUCCUCUUCCUCCACGCCGCGCCCUCGUCCUACGCUCACCACUACCACCACGGGAGGAGGGUGUGUGGCAGCUGGGAUACGCACCCCCAGCGCCACCAGCAGCACCAGCAUCAUCACGUCGUCACGGCAACAGAGUCGUACGUCCUCCCGCUGCACAAGCCCUACAUGGCUGUGUGUCAGGGCCACCGCCUCUGCAGCACCUACAAAACGGUGUACACGGUGGCUUACCGUCUGGUGAGCAGAGUAGCGUAUUCCUCCAACUUCUACCCGGAAUGUUGUCCGGGAUGGAGACGCUUUCACUCGCUUAACUGUAACCAAGCCGUGUGCGAUGACGACUGCCUGAACGGCGGCUCGUGUCUGAGACCCGAAAGGUGCGCUUGUCCGCCGGGAUGGACGGGACGCCACUGUGGGACAGAUGUGGACGAGUGCAUGGCGCAGCAUCCGUGUUCUCAGCAGUGCGUCAACACGCUCGGUAGUUUCCGAUGCUCCUGUCGCGACGGUUUCGGGCUAGCCGGGGACGCCCGCACCUGCCGCCGUCUCGGACCCUCCGCCUCCACUGCGGCGCCACCAUCAGGCGGAACGUCGGGUAUCAUUCCUGGGAAUGUGACGGUGGAAGUGCAGAGUCUGAGGAGCAGAGUGGACCUUCUGGAGAAGAAGCUGCAGGUGGCGCUGGCGCCCUACAGCAGCAUUUUCCCAGAGGAGGGCGCGUCGCAGAACAGCGUCACUUUGCUGUCGCACUCCUUCCGUCAGCUGGACCGCAUCGACUCCCUCAGCGAGCAGAUCGGAUUCCUGGAGGAGCGUCUGGGAACCUGUUCCUGCCAGGAAAACUAGCCGAGACAAAAACUAAAACAACAUGGCCGACACACCAAGAUUGUACUCGCCGGGUUGUCGAACGCAGUCAUCGCACAAAUCAACACGGGGAUGUUUCCUCACAGGUCCGCUUCCAAAGUCUUCAAACUGUAACAUUGUCUCUUUGAUGCUUCAAACGACGACUGUAACGUCUUUGAAAUUUUAAACUAAUUACAACCACUUUUAACAUG